AACGAAUACAAUACAAACAGAGGGAAGGGAGCGAGCGGGAAGCCAAGGUGGGGAAAGCAGGGAAGCGAGGCCAAGUGGAGCGGAGCGGGGCUUCGGCUGGGUUCCGCGCGCGGCCGCUCGCUACUUCCAGUGUUCCAUGGUGUGGGUGUGGGCGGCUGUGGCGAUAGCCGGAGCCUGAAGCGGCGGGUGGUGUGUGGUGGGCGCAAGGAGCCACACGGAGCAGGCCGCCACGGCGAGGAGGAGGAGGAAGAGGAGGAGAUGGUCGUCUGCUCCACGCGCAAGUCGUUCAAGGACUCGCUCAAGGUGCUCGAGGCCGACAUCCAGCACGCCAACACCCUUGCAGCGGAUUUCUCGAGGGACUACGACGGGGCCUGCCUCCAGAUGCGCAUGUCCUACAGCCCCGCCGCCCACUUCUUCCUCUUCCUCGUGCAGUGGACCGACUGCAGCCUAGCCGGCGCGCUCGGGCUGCUCAGGAUCCUAAUCUACAAGGUUUAUGUAGAUGGGAGUACCACCAUGUCGACGCACGAGAGGAAAGCGAGCAUCAGGGAGUUUUAUGCUGUUAUCUUUCCCUCCCUGAUGCAACUGCCCAAGGGGAUCAGCGACGUGGACGACCGGAGGCAGAAGGCGGCGUGCACGGAGAGGUACCGGAGGAGGGACGAGGACGAGGGCAAGAGGCCGGUUUCGGAGGCCGACAUCGAAAGGGAGGAAGAGUGCGGCAUCUGCAUGGAGAUGAACGGCAAGGUGGUGCUGCCCAGCUGCAGCCAUGCCAUGUGCAUCAAGUGCUACCGCCAAUGGCGAUCAAGAUCGCAAUCCUGCCCCUUCUGUCGGGACAGCCUGAAACGAGUGAACUCCGGGGACCUGUGGAUGCUCACCGACUGCCGGGACGUGGUCGACAUGGCGACGGUGACGAGGGAGAACAUCAGGCGUCUGUUCAUGUACGUCGAGAAGCUGCCCCUCGUCGCCCCGGACAACAUCUUCUACGCCUACGAUUCUCAUGUAAAAUAGCUGGAGCUAGCUGUAGUGUAGCAGCACACCAUCUGUGCUGUGCUGUGCUGUGCUGUGUUGUGUUCUGAGAGUGAUGACGCAUGAUUUAUCGAUUAUUCAUGCAGAGGGGUAGAGGGUGUUCCUCGUCCUAGCUAGGACGUGGCUAAACGCUUGGACCGGGGUGCGGACUCUGACGACAGACCUUUUUCAGUCUAUCUAACUGGGUGUACAGUCUGCUCAGGUCCUGUAAAUAUAAUGUCUGUGCAUAUUUAUGGCUUC